UGCCAGGCUUGUUCUUUGUAUUUUUUACUGUAGCCAGAGAAGUUCAUAUCCAAAUUUAAAAACAGACCACCACACCACCACCCCACUUCCUGUAAAACCCUGUGUGAUGGUUUCCCUUGUGGGCAAGAAGACUGCAGUCCACUGUAGCUCUCCAAGGCCUGGUGCUAUCUGACCUGCACUGAAACUGCAGCCCCAUGGACCCUCAGGGGCCUGUAUCACAGACCUGGACCCUUGCCCUUUCACUGUGGGCAUCUGCUGUCCCCUACCUCUUGCCAGGUCACACCUUGUUGUGCUUUCUUCUCCUAGUGCUGUGUCUCUGUCCUACUGCCGUGGACCACAUCUCAGGAAAAACUGCCACCUGCUUCUGCCAGAGGUGUGUGUCUGAUGCAGUGACAGCCCCUACCCCAUACGCUGCUGUAGAGAGUGACUUUUGUGAUAGACUGAAGACCAGCCAGUGCACCUUGUGACACUCCAAGACAGGAAGAACAUGAACAGCACCCAAUCCCAUGGCUUUGCCCAGGCCCAUGCAGGCAAAUGAACCUAGGAAGCGUUGUUGAAUGGCUGACGUGUGACAACAUGCACCACCAGUGGCUCCUGUUGGCUGCAUGCUUCUGGGUGAUUUUUAUGUUAAUGGUGGCGAGCAAGUUCAUCACACUGACCUUUAAAGACCUGGAUGGGUACAGUGCCAAACAGGAGCUGCUAUUCCUGACAACCGUGCCGGAAGCGGGGAGGCUGGCAGAUGACGAAAAGCACUGUCCUAGGGAACUGAAGCCGACAGGGAAGAUGCUUGCUGACAGCCAGCCUGUCCAGCCCCUGGUCUACCUGGAGCGCCUAGAGCUCAUCCGGAAUGUCUGCAGGGAUGAGGCCCUGAGGAACCUCUCACACACAGCCGUCUCCAAGUUUGUCCUGGACCGAAUAUUUGUCUGCGACAAGCACAAGAUUCUUUUCUGCCAGACUCCCAAAGUGGGCAACACACAGUGGAAGAAGGUGUUGAUUGUCCUCAAUGGGGCCUUUCCGUCCAUCGAAGAGAUCCCAGAGAACGUGGUGCAUGACCACGAGAAGAAUGGCCUCCCACGCCUCUCCUCUUUCAGCGAGGCCGAGAUCCAGAAUCGACUGAAAACAUACUUCAAGUUUUUCAUCGUAAGAGAUCCCUUCGAACGACUCAUUUCUGCCUUUAAGGACAAGUUUGUGCACAAUCCCCGGUUUGAACCUUGGUACAGGCAUGAGAUUGCCCCGGGCAUCAUCCGGAAGUACAGGAGGAACCGGACAGAGACCCGAGGAAUCCAGUUUGAAGAUUUUGUGCGCUACCUGGGUGACCCAAACCACAGGUGGCUUGACCUUCAGUUUGGGGACCAUAUCAUCCACUGGGUGACAUAUGUGGAACUGUGUGCACCCUGUGAGAUCAAGUAUAGCGUGAUUGGACACCACGAGACACUGGAAGAGGAUGCCCCAUACAUCCUGCGAGAAGCUGGCAUUGACCACCUGGUGUCAUACCCAACCAUCCCUCUGGGCAUCACCGUGUAUAACAGAACCAAGGUCCAGAACUACUUCCUGGGCAUCAGCAAACGGGACAUCCGACGCCUGUAUGCACGCUUUGAGGGGGACUUCAAGCUCUUUGGGUAUCAAAAACCGAAUUUCUUGCUAAACUAAUGUGCAGGAUCUGUGAUUGCAGAGUCUUCAUUAGUGCAGGGGAUAACCAGUAGAGUUCUGAGCACAGGAAUAACUUCUUGGUCACUUCCUUGCUUAAGAAACCCUCUGGGUGUCUGGUCCUAGGAGCAAGUGAAGCUGUACCCUGGCAGCUCUACCUGACUUAGGUGUAAGAUGCUGUAUCAUCAGGCCACCAGUGGCCCUUACAAAGCAUUAGGAGUUGUCUAAGUGGGAGUCACACCUGUGGCUGUCCUGGCUAGACCCAGUGGUCACAUCAGUCACUGGUGAAUGGCAGGAACAAAGAGCACCAAACAAAGAGUUGGAGAAACUGAGACACAGCAAACACUCCCAAGACUCAUGCAGGAUCAAAUCUGGGUCAUGGAAUGACACCUCUGGUUCCCUUUUGGCGCUGCUGUAGUCAUGAAGGCAAAGUGUCCUUCCUGUGGCCAUCAGUUCCCAUGACGGUCAGUGAUGACCACACAGCAGUCCCCAAGGUCCAUUUGUUCUGAACCACACCCACUGUGUGACGCUUGUCUACAUUUCAGAAGCUCUGUGUGCCAAGCACCCCUUUGAUCUAGCAUAGUUUGGAUUGUGAAGAGAGAAUAGACUCUUUCCAUCUGAGCAGGGGACACUUGCGGUACAAGUAGGAACAUGGCAAAGGACGCUGCUGUAGAUGGGCCCCUGUGUCCUGCCCAUACACCUCUUGUCUUGAGUGACCAUCGAGGUGGGCAGCCGGGCUCCCCAGAUUUCCCCUGCCAUUAUUCUCCUCAAAGGGGAGAAAGAACUGAACAUCGGCUGUUCUGACAGCAACAGGAGGAAACCAAAUGUUGGGGGCAGCAUCGCAGGAUUCAUUUGGGCUCAUCUGUCCCAGUGUCUUCUCAUCUCCAUAAGGUGACUUCUCCUAGGCCCUUUUCUGAUCAUGCCACCAUCCUGGAUGAAGUGGCCAGGAGUUGGGUAACCAAGUUCACCAGCAAUAAACCCUCCAGUGAGGUGCCUUCCAGGCACAGAGGCAGCCCUGCUGAGGAGCGAGCCACCCUGGCUAUUUCACACCUGACUGGCAGAGGUGAUAGGACAUAUUCCCAAGAGUUGGUGGCACUCACAUCUGUACUGUGCCCAUGAGCCCAGGCCUGGGAGGACAGAGGUGGGCCUUUCUUAGAGGCUGCCUCCCCCUUCUCAAGACGGCUUCCUGAAUUUGUAAAUGUGAAAGUGAAAUAAAAUGUAAGAUAUGUGCCAAACCAGAUGUGUGCUGCAGCUCCAGGGAAAGGUGCUCUGGGCUGUGUGUGAGCCCCUAGGCUUGGCAGUAGGGACAGGACUAUGGACAGGACUAUGGACAGGAAGCAAGACAUGCUCUUCAGGCCCUUUGUCCUCAGCUGUUGUGCCAACAGUGUGACAUAUUUUUCUAUAAAGUUUUGGUGAAGUCUUGUUAGAACCAUUUCAGACCUGAUGAGCUGAUUGAUUACCUCUUUCCUGUUUGAAAAAUCAUAGUGUGAGAAAUGUAUGUGAAUUUAAGGCCUUAAAGUUAGUCCUAAUU